GAAUGGUCAAAAUUGCCCCGGCACGACAUCUAAUGUUAAACGUAUCCCAUCUCUGAACUUUUGUUUCCUCCAAAGUCUUCACAUUUCGAUGCAGAUGCUGUCUGUUUCUUUUUCAAACCAAUCCGAAUCAUGACGACAGCAGGAAGGUCUUGUUCCAUUUCUUGAUUUUCUUUGUGCAGAACUGUGAUUCCAUAGAGGGAUAGAAUAUCCCAGAAUCUGGAGUUAAUUCACUGUUAAAGAAAGAGCGACCAAUUUAAAAGGCAAUAUGUCAAACAAAGAACAAGUAUGUGUAACAGGUGCAGGAGGGUACUUGGCAUCAUGGUUGGUGAAGCUUCUCCUCUCAAAGGGUUACAUCGUGCAUGGAACAGUGAGAGAUCCAAGUGAUAACAAGAAUGCACAUCUAAAGAAAUUGGAUAACGCUACUGAGAAUCUGAAACUCUUCAAGGCAGACUUGUUGGAAUAUGAAGGUCUUUGUACUGCCAUUGAAGGAUGCAUUGGAGUUUUCCAUGUUGCUAGCCCGCUUCCAUCUCCUGGUGAAUAUGUUCCCAAGGAACAACUUAUGGAACCCGCUGUCACUGGCACGCGAAAUGUGCUCAAUGCAUGCUCAAAGGCUAAAGUGAAGAAAGUUAUUGUCGUGUCCUCUGUUGCUGCUGUUGCACUAAACCCAAAUUGGCCCAAGGAGCAAAUCAUGGAUGAGGAGUGCUGGUCUGACUUGGAAUUUUGUGAGGCAAUUAAGAACUGGUAUUUCCUUGCGAAGACAGCUGCAGAAAAGGAGGCUUGGGAAUGUGCAAAGAGGAGUAAUCUGAACGUGAUCACUGUUUGUCCGUCCCUAAUUAUAGGGCCAUUGCUGCAGCCAACCAUGAACGCCACUUGCUUAUAUCUCCUAAACUUAUUGAAAGAUGGAUCUGAGCUAGUAGAGAACAGAACCACUCCUCAUGUUGAUGUGCGCGAUGCAGCAGAAUCGCUGCUGCUAGUAUAUGAGAAGCCUGAAGCAGAGGGAAGAUACAUAUGUUCAUCUCAUGAGAUUUCAACUCAAGAUUUGGUGGAUAAGUUGAAGCUGAUGUAUCCCCAAUACAACUAUCCGAAAAGUUUUAGUGAAGGGAUGGUGUGGACGAGGGUGAGUUCAAGAAAGUUGCAAGAUUUGGGAUGGAAAUACAGGCAAUUGGAAGAGACAAUCACUGAUGCUGUCAAGAAUUAUGAAGAGCGUGGAGUCCUAGCCAGUUAAAAAAAACUAGCUUAUUGGUUAUUUUGAAGCAGCCACAGUUUACCAUGUUAAAAUUAUGUGUACAUUGCAAUGUUUUUCAAGUUGGUAUCUUAGAAGACCGGAGAAAAUAUUGGGUUCAUAUUGAGAUAUUUGGGAUUCAAAAGCUUUAGCUGAAUUGGGUUCUUACAGGAUAAUAUCAAAUCCCCAUUGUUUGUUUGGCCUAAAAUGAUAAUUUCUGAAAAGCAACAAACCAAGCUCUGUUAAUUGA